AUGAGUAGCACGCUUCGGGUGAUUCAGUACAACGUGGCGAAAACCGCCGAGGUGCAUGAGAGUCUCAUGAAUGACAAUCAGAUUGAGGACGUAGUGGUGCUGGCCAUCCAGGAGCCCCAAGCACGCCUGAUUAAGGGAAAUCUUCUGACAACGCCGACGGCGCACCACAAGUGGACGAAGAUGGUGCCCUCUACGUAUCUGGAAGGGAGGUGGGCGAUCCGAAGUAUGCUCUGGAUCAGGAACGACCUCGAAGCAGACCAGGUCACCAUCGAGUCCCCGGACAUGACGGCGGCGCUCAUACGUCUCCCAGAGCGCCAGGUGUUGGUGUUUUCAGUCUAUGUGGAGGGAAGAAAUGAUCAAGCGCUCACGACGACGUGCGAUAACUUGCGGAGGGUGAUCAACGACACGAGGCGAGACGCUGGUACAGUCGUAGAUGUGGUGAUCGCGGGCGACUUCAAUCGUCACGACCACCUCUGGGGAGGAGAUGACGUGAGGCUGGAAAGACAGGGUGAAGUGGAUGAGAUCAUUGACCUGAUGAACGAGUUCGCUUUCAGCAGCCUUCUCCAGCGGGGCAUCAAGACUUGGCAACGUGGAGUCCACGAGUCAACUCUUGACCUGGUCUUGGCUUCGGAGGAGUUGGCGGGCGCGGUGGUGAAAUGCACCCCGCUUGGUACAGAACAUGGGUCGGACCACCGGGCUAUCGAGACGGUCUUCGAUGUCUCCGUCCCAGCGCCGCCGACUCGAGGACGGCUCCUACUCAAGAAUGCACCAUGGAAGGAGAUCAAUGCUCGAAUUGCCGCUACACUGGAGGCUACACCAACGGAAGGCACAGUUCAGCAGCAGACAGACAAGCUCAUGUCUGCAGUACUGGAUGCAGUAUACACUCUGACGCCAAGAGCGAAACCGUCCAAUUGCGCCAAGCGGUGGUGGACUUCGGACUUGACCCAGCUUCGGCGUAUCCACACGUUCUGGCGCAACCGCGCUAGGGCGUCAAGACGAGCAGGCCAACCGUGUGCCGAACUAGAGACGACAGCCAGGGACGCUGCCAAGCAGUAUCAUGAUGCCAUCAGACAACAAAAGAAGACGCAUUGGAACGACUUCCUCGCCGAUAACGACAACAUCUGGAAUGCGGCAAAGUAUCUGAAGUCGGGAGACCGCUCCGCUUUCGCCAGGGUGCCGCAACUUCUAAAAGCUGAUGGCAAGCGAACGGCAAGCACUAAGGAGCAGGCUGAGGAAAUGCUGUCCACCUUCUUCCCUCCUCUACCGGAAGUCAUUGAGGAGGAGGGCGCACGACCCCAGCGGGGGGCUGCCGUCGUAAUGCCGGACAUUACGCUGGAAGAGGUUGAGCGGCAGCUCUUCGCGGCCAAGUCGUGGAAGGCGCCCGGUGAAGAUGGGCUUCCCGCUGUGGUCUGGAAACAGGUCUGGCCGGUCGUGAAACUACGAAUUUUAGCACUGUUCAGGGCGUCGCUCGGGAAUGGCGAACUUCCCCACCAGUGGCGGCACGCAAAGAUUGUUCCGCUCAAGAAGGCGGACAAAGCAGACUACUCGGCCGCGACGGCCUGGAGGCCUAUCUCGCUUCUGUCCACGCUAGGAAAGAUCCUAGAGUCAGUUAUCGCAGAAAGGAUCUCGCACGCCGUCGAAACCUACGGACUAUUGCCUACCAACCACUUUGGGGCCCGCAAACGACGAUCGGCUGAGCAAGCACUGAUGUUGCUGCAGGAACAGAUCUACGCAGCCUGGCGGGGUCGUCGCGUCCUCAGCCUCAUCACUUUCGACGUCAAAGGAGCGUACAAUGGGGUGUGCAAGGAAAGACUCAUUCAACGGCUACGGGCGAGGGGCAUCCCAGAGGUUCUGCUCCGCUGGGUGGAAGCCUUCUGCUCGGGCCGCACAGCAACCAUACUGAUCAACGGGCAAGUGUCGGAGGAGCGAAACUUGCCGCAGGCUGGGUUGCCGCAAGGCUCUCCUCUGUCGCCGGUUUUGUUUCUCUUCUUCAACGCGGAUCUGGUACAACGUCGGAUUGACUGCCACGGCGGGGCGAUGGCCUUCGUGGAUGACUUCUCUGCGUGGGUUGCGGGCCCGACGGCGCAAAGCAACCGCAGUGGCAUCGAAGCAAUUAUCGAGGAGGCGUUGCACUGGGAAAGGAGAAGCGGCGCAACCUUUGAGGCACACAAGACGUGCAUUAUACACUUCACCCGAAAGGCGCACAAGUCGGACACGCAGCCCUACGAGAUCAAGAGUCAGCUUGUCCACCCCAAAACUCACGCCAAGGUUCUCGGAGUAAUCAUGGACUCGAAGCUCAAGUACAAAGAACACAUUGCCUGGGCAGCGACAAAAGGCUUGGAGGCAGCUAUGGAGCUACAGCGACUCAGGGGUCUCACCCCGGCAACCGCCAGACAAUUGUUUUCGGCCAUGGUGGCCCCAGUGGUGGACUAUGCUUCUAACGUCUGGAUGCAUAGAUGUGUUUACAAACGGGCUGGCCCCAUCCAUCGAAUCCAGAGGGUUGGGGCACAGGCAAUUAUCGGCACGUUUCUCACGACGGCAACAAGUGUAGCAGAGGCGGAAGCGAGCAUCGCUAGCGUGCAAGAACGGUUCUGGAAGCGGGCGGUCAAGAUGUGGACUAACCUACACACCUUGCCGGAAACCCACCCUCUUCGCAGCGUGACGGCCUGCAUUCGAAAGUUCAGGCGGUAUGCGCGGUCCCCAUUUUACCAGGUCGCGACAGCACUAAAUGAGAUCCCCAUGAGAGAAUUGGAAACGAUCAACCCAUUCACCGUAGCGCCGUGGGCGGAGCGAGUACAAGCCAUAAUGGCCGACGAAGACGCGCCGUUGUCGCGGACAGACCUAGGUUGGGCGGUUCGCGUCGCGGUGAGCAGCUCAGCAUGGAACGGAAUAGUGGGAGUCGGUGGCGCUAUUGACCUUCCGGUGUUGGUGCAGGGGGGGGGUCCGAAAGUUGAGCCCUUCUCUUUUACGCUCGGCGUGAGGACGGAGCAGAAUCCGUUUUCUGGGGAGCUAGCAGCCAUUGCAUGUGCGCUUCGGCGGCUGCCAGAACUACGGUACCGCAGCAUCGCGCUGUUGACGAGCAACAAAGCGGCUGCCCUCACCCUUCGUAACCCCCGCCAGCAGUCCGGCCAGGAAUAUGUCGCAUGCAUAUAUGACUCCAUCGAAGCACUCAGAAGGAACGGGAACAUGGUGGCGAUCCUGUGGAUACCCACCGGCGCCGAAAACGGGCUCCUGCAGUGUGCCAAGGCACAGGCGCGCGAUGCCACCAGAGAAAGCGCCAAUCCGUCGUUGAAACCCCCGAGAAUGCGAUCGACGACGCUCGGCCUGGCCCGAUCGGUUCACUGCGUUGUUGCGGACAUACCGGAUGAUGUCGGGAGGUUCUCGAAGCGAGUGGACUCUGCACUCCCGGGCAAGCACACACUGCAGCUGUACGACAAGUUGUCAUGGAGAGAGGCAAACGUACUAGCACAGCUCAGGACGGGCAUUUCGAGGCUAAAUGGCUACCUGCACUACAUCACAGCAACAUCGCAGCAGUGCGCAUGCGGAUGGGUCAAGGAGACAGUGGAGCAUUUUCUGUUCUACUGCCCAAAAUGGACGGAACAACGCGCCGAAAUCUUACGGAGCAGUGAGGCACAAAGGGGAAACCUCUCCUUUUGCCUUGGAGGAAAGGCAUUGUCGGACGAUGCAACAUGGACACCAAAUAUGACGGCAGUUCGAGCGACAAUUCGAUUUACACUGGCCACAGGACGGCUUGACAACAGAGACUGA